AUGGGCAGCCGAAACAUCAUUCGAAAAACAAUCCAUCAAUGCCAUCAAUGUUUUAUGCAGAGAAGAAUUACUAGCCAACAGAUAAUGGGAGAUUUGCCAUCUUAUCGCAUACAACCGAACCGGCCAUUCACUAAUACAGGCUUAGAUUAUGCUGGCCCACUGACGAUAAGGUUAUCCCGCUGUCGCAAUGCUAAAACAUCCAAAGCCUACAUAGCAUUAUUUGUGUGCAUGACUACGAAGGCUAUACAUUUGGAGUUGGUGAAUGAUCUCACCACAGAUGCCUUCAUUGCAGCUUUUCGCAGAUUUGUCUCUCGCCGGGGCAAAUGCUCUAAUGUAUACAGCGACAAUGGGACAAAUUUCCAAGGCGCUAGGCGGUGCCUUACUGAGAUGCACAAACUGCUUAUGGAGCAAUCUCACAAUGAUGUUAUCACUGACGCUCUUGCCAAGGAUGGUAUAGCUUGGCACUUCAUCCCUCCGUCAAGUCCACACUUUGGCGGAUUGUGGGAGGCGGGCGUUAAGUCAGUUAAGCUGCACUUACGUCGUGUUAUCGGCAAAUCAAUUUUAAAUUUUGAAGAAUUAUGUACCCUUUUGUGUCAAGUAGAAGCUAUUCUUAAUUCUCGUCCUUUGUGUUCUAUGUCCGACUGUGAUUUAAACCCUCUAACCCCAGCUCACUUUCUUGUAGGUCAACCAAUGACAGCUGUUCCAGAGCCGAGCCAUUUGGAUACCCCCAUCAACAGACUAUCCCAUUGGAAUCAUAUCCAAAACAUGGUCCAGGGAUUCUGGAAGAGAUGGCACACAGAAUACCUGACAACGCUCCAAGAGCGACCAAAGUGGCAACGAAGUACACCAAACUUCAAAUCUGGGGACUUAGUGGUAAUCAAAGAACCAAAUUUACCACCCACUAAAUGGAUUUUGGGCAGAGUCGUUUCUGUUCAUCCGGGCACAGACCAACAAGUACGAGUCGUUACCGUAAAAACAGCAGCCGGAACCUUUAUCCGCCCUAUAGCGAAACUUGCGCUCUUACCGACGUCCUGA